AUGCUGGAUGACAUGCAUGAGACACAACCAGCUAGCGCAGGAACAAAUACGGGCUCUGGAAGCUCAUUAGGUGCGAAUGGUGUACCCGGAAGCCGAUCUCCGCUGCUUCCAGCUCUAGUCUCUCGAGAUGCGGACUCUGUAGAAGAUGUGUAUUCGGAUUUGUACUCCACUGUUUCACAGCUUACGACGACGACUGCGAACGAUAUCGAGCAGCAGCCGUAUCCACUUACAUGGCGAAGCAGCGUGAUGCUUGUGAGUGCUACUAUCGGAGGCUUACUUUUUGGGUACGAUACUGGGGUUAUAUCUGGGGUAUUGGUUUCGAUGAACCCAUCAGAUUUGCGGCUUGUAGAGCUCUACGACUGGCAGAAGGAGGUUAUCACAUCGAUAACGUGCGCAGGAUCGUUUGUUGGAUCGAUGGUUGCAUACCCAUUGGCAGACCGGUGCGGUAGGAAGUAUACUUUGACGGUAUGUUCUGUGGUUUUUGCAGUCUCGUCGAUCUUAAUGGCAUUAUCGGUAACCUUGGGGAUGCUUGUAGCGGGCAGACUCGUGGUCGGUAUUGCUGUGGGCAUUGCAGCUCAAUGCAUUCCGGUAUAUUUAAGCGAGAUUUCCCCUGCUCGAAUUAGGGGAACUGUACUUGCCCUAAACUCCAUAAGUAUCACGCUGGGCCAGCUUGUGGCUUACGUCAUGGCAUAUGUGCUAGUUGAUCCUGUCGAUCCCUACAAUAAAACUCCGGCAGCAUGGAGGUAUUUGUUCGGGCUAGGAUGUUUGCCCGCGUUGGUGUUCGUCCUAACACUGGAUUUUGUUCCAGAAUCUCCUCGGUGGUUAUUGAGUCAGCUUAGAAUUCAUGAUGCAGAAAUGGCCUUGCAUACAAUUUAUCCUAAAGCCUCGGCAAACGAAGUGCGAUACGCGCUCCGUAAGUUAGUUCACAACUUGAACAAGAUCCGACUCCACAAUGAUGAAACAGAUCCCUUGAUUCUACCUGCAUCGGCCAAGAGAAGAAGCGUCGCCUCUUCACGCACAGGCAGGUCCUCGCUCGAUGCAUUAUUGUUCAGCAGUCUCAAUGAACCAGAAAAUUCUAAUGCCUUGGGCACUGGACUUAAAAGAAAACGGCAUAGAUGGGAGGCAAGGAGCAAAAGAGCGCUUCUUGUCGGAUGUGUCCUUAUGUUUUUCCAACAAAUCACAGGUUUUAACGCUUUCAUGUACUAUUCAGCAACCAUUUUCAAGCAAGCAGGAUUCACGAACCCGACGGUUCCAUCCAUUAUCGUGGCACUUACGAACUUUACGUUCACACUGCUUGCUCUUCAACUAAUUGAUACAGUGGGCAGACGAAUGAUGCUCCUAAUGACGAUAUGGAUCAUGACCAUUGGACUCCUGCUUUGCUCAGUUGGUUUCGAACUGCAGAACCUCAGUUUAUUGAUUGUAUCAGUUAUUAUUUAUGUUGGUGCAUACGCAGCAGGAAUGGGUGUUGUGCCAUGGAGUAGUGUGGAGUUCCUUCCGCUCAACAGAAGGGCGGUUGGUGGAUCCAUUAUCUCAUGUACAAACUGGCUCACUAACUCUGUUGUGUCAAUGUCUUAUCUAAGUGUGAUGAAACGUAUAGGUAAUGAAAACACUAUGCUUAUCUUCGCCUUAUUUACAAUUCUGAACUGGCUCUUUGUCUACAUAUGGUACCCAGAAGUUAAAGGUCUAUCAUUGGAAGAGAUCGGUCAAGUGUUUGAAAACGGUGUCGAUGUUCAUUUCAUUUAUAGAAAUUAUUACUAA